AUGGGUAAUGCUGAGAGUAACGUAACUUCUGGAGUGAAGAAACAGACUGAUAGUGGAUCUCUCAAGAUCUAUUCACUUGUGAAUCUGAAAGGUGGUGGUGAAUUGAUCACCCUUAUGAAAGAAGUCUCAAAAGCAAGAGACCAUAGCACACAAUUGGAUGGCCGAAUCAGAGAACUAGUGCUUCCAUUCCUGUAUAAUAACGGAGAAGGACGAUUGGUACCAAUCCAAGAACUCGUUCUUACAAGAAACAAAGACAGACCGAAACACAAACAAUUACCACAAAACAGAGAUGCUGAUGCAAAAUCUGAAGCAAGAUCUUUAACGAUUAAUAUUGCUAAUAAUGGUGAAAAUGAAGGUAAUCCACAAUUUCGAGAAGUAUGCUGGGACCUAGAUCAGCGAGGAUCAGUUGGGGAAUCUGCUCUGCAUAUGUGUUUUUUGAUAUCAAGUCCUCUUCAUGCUGAUCUGGCAAAACGUCUAGUGAAACUCUUUCCCAAACUCAUCAACGAUAUCUACCAAUCUGAUGAGUAUUAUGGAGAAAAUGUACUUCAUAUGGCAAUAGUUAACGAGGAUCCUGCAAUGGUGAAAUUUUUACUAGACCACGGAGUGAACUACCAUGAGCGAGCCACUGGAGCGUUUUUCACUCCUGAAGAUCAAAAACCUACUCGCACAGAUAACUUAGAGCACGAGCAUGUUGAUCUAAGUCUCAAGACAGAUUACAAAGGCUACGUCUACUGGGGUGAGUAUCCACUGUCAUUCGCAGCAUGUUUGGCACAAGAAGAAUGUUAUCGAUUAUUACUAGCAAAAGGUGCAGACCCCGAUAUGCAGGAUACCAACGGAAACACCGUCCUCCACAUUCUUGUUAUUCAGAACAAACUGGAAAUGUUUAAUAUGGCAUACGAGUGUGGGGCUUCCUUGGAUAUAAAAAAUAGGCAAGGAUUAACUCCUCUUACUCUGGCUGCUAAGCUAGCGGUAAAAGACAUUUAUUUUCAUAUUUUAAAACUGCAGCGAGAGAUCUAUUGGGAAUUAGGAAACAUUACCUGCGCUGCUUAUCCUUUGGACGACAUCGAUACUAUUGACAGCACAACUGGAGAUAUCAACAAAUUGUCUGUUCUGAAUCUUGUUGUGUAUGGGGAAAGACUUCAUCAUUUGGAUAUGCUUAGUGGACUGUUAGCGGAUCUCCUCAAUGCUAAAUGGAAUACAUUCGUCAAAUUUCGGUUUUAUCGACAAUUUGCCACUUUCUUCCUAUAUUUUGCUGUUUCUUUGAGUUGUUUUGUAAUGAGACCUGGGCCUAUUGGCACAAAGAUGAACUCACAUCUUAUUCAUCAAUUUAAUCAUUCUCGCCAUGUAUAUCUAGCAAAUGUAUCUAUAAUCCAUCCGGAAAACGUUACUCUCAAUCACUGUUACCUUCUCGAAAGAGAAACUACAGCCCAAAAGGUUCGUUGGACAAUGGAGACACUUACAGCAUUAGGUGGACUUCUGUAUCUUCUCGAUGCAAUAAGAGAAGCCCAGUUUCUUGGUUAUCAGACAUUUACCCAAAACAUGAUGACAGUCCCAUCAAGAGUGCUUUUCAUGUUUUCCUGUUGUGUUUUAAUGACAAUGAUACCUCUACGAUUUACGUGUUCUCAUCAAGCCGAGGAUAUAUGUGCUGUUUGUGUGAUGUUGACAGCAGCUGCCUAUUUCUUAUUUUUCUGCCGUGGUUUUAAAAUCGUAGGCCCUUUUGUGGUGAUGAUCUACAAGAUGAUUUUAACGGACUUACUUUGCUUCGUAACGAUUUAUCUCGUUUUCGUAUUAGGAUUUGCCCAGGCCUAUUACGUGAUUUUCCUGUCUUACCGAGCUGAAAAACCGAGCUUUUUCGACGACCCAAUUCAAAGCGUUUUAGCCAUGUUUGUGAUGUCUUUAUCAGAGUUUGGUGAUACAUACGAGCAGUUUCAUCAUACUGCUCAUCAGAAUAUUGCGAAGACCUUCUUCAUCAUGUACAUGGCAUUAGUAGCUCUGCUAUUAAUUAAUAUGCUAAUCGCUAUGAUGGGAAAAACUUAUCAAGAUAUUGCAGAGCGAAAAAAUGAAUGGAUGAGACAG